AUGUCGUCGAGGUACAAGGACAAAGACGGCGGCGUCGCGCUGACCUUCAACGGUCAAUGGGUCAGCUGGCUGCAUACUACCAUAGCUUACAGCGCCUUCAUCAGUGCGUUCAUUGUCGGUGUUUCGCUGCAUUACCACAAGAUUGUCCAGAAUGAGUGGUACGGGUACCCCGAAGAGUGGUUUCCCUCCGUCUCCGCGACGAUUGGCGACCGAUACCCCGAGCGGUCUUUCUAUAUGUUCUUCAUCGCCAUUACGUCGGGCCCGCGCUUCGCCCUCGUCGGCCUGUGGUAUCUCCUGACGAGAAGACCCGGCCAGACGCUGCCAAAGUUCACUUUCGCAAUGGGCAUUCUGCGCACCGUCAUGUGUGGUGGCUUCACCUACGUCACAUCUACGGACGACCACGACUGGCACGACAUUUUCAUGAUCUCCUACAUUGUCGCAUCCCUGCCGUGGACCAUUGGAUGCGUACUGCUUAGCCCGCCGAACCCGCAGGCGAUCAAGUACCGCAAGUGGAUUGCCAGCUCCUUCUUCGGAACCCUGGUGCCCUUGAUCUACUUCUUCAUCCAGCACAAGGUUCACCGCGUCGCCGGAGCCUACACCAUCUACGCCUUUUUCGAAUGGGCCCUCAUCCUCUUCGAUGUCGCCUUCGACGCCGUCACGGCCCUCGAUUUUAGCACAUUCGAGGUGGUGAUCAAGGAUGUCAAGGGGGCAAGCAAGGGGAAGGAAAAGGCCACCGCUGGUGUUCUCACCGGCCGCUUCACCUGGGCCGAGGCCCUCGACACCGCCGCCGACGUCUACCACGGCUUCAUCUUCUGGUCUAUGCUGACCGGUCUCGGCGUCUGCGUAUGGUACUUCCCGCUGUGGCACAUGGGCAUUUCCGGCUAUGAGGCCUUCGUCAUGUCCACCAUCCUGCCCGCGAUCCUGGGAAUCCGUGGGAUCCGCUCCCUCGUCGUGAACAACCAGCGUAUUGUCCACCUCAUCUCACUGGUUGGACUGCUGGCCUAUCAAGUGGUCGACCCCGCUAACCGUCUCUUCACUGUCGGUUUCGCCGUCGCGACGUCUUGCCUCGGCUGGACCGCCACGUUGUGGUCCGAGAGAGCGCACCAAAGCCGCCUUGAAUCCAAGAUUCUGGCGUGGACCAUUGGUCUUAUUGCCUCUUCCACGGCCAAGUUUAUCUGGUGGACCAACAACCCCCUGUGGCCCGUUAUGCACGCCGCCAACGGAGGCUGGAACGCCACAGGCUUCGCCAUCGGCGUUGUCGCUGCUUUGCGGUUCACCCGGAAAGCACCCCUAACUACUGGUGGCUAUCCCGAGGAUUCUAAGAAGGGCGGCUCGUCCCUCCUUGCCGCCUUCGGUGUUGGUGGUCUAUUCUUUGGCAUGCACUCCCUGCUAUCCGACACUAGCACCAUGAUCCUCUGGGUGUGGGAUGGCUACCCAAUCCGGGGACCUACAUCCAACACCUACGGCUGGAUGACCAUCGUCGCCAUGACGGCUGGUCUCCUGAUCGGCCUCUACCGCCCCGCGGUGAUGAGCUCGUGGACGGCCUAUGGUAUCGGCUGUGUUGGCGCUGCGAUCCUUACCUCGUACCACCACUGGUUCGGCUACUACGGCGCGCUCACCACCGCGGUCUACCUCAUGGGCCUGUCCGUUCCAUUCCUCUCCAACGCGGCCAAGAGGAGCCCUGGAACGACGUUUGGCCUCGGGUUCUUCAUCUACAACAUCAUGGUCCUUUUCCACGUCUGGGUCGUCGCCUAUGCUUUUGUGCCUGGUGGACCGCUUGUGCGUGAGCACACUGACUGGGUCAUGAUCACUACGUUCCUUCUGAUCGGCGCCGGCGUCUUCGACCUGACCUCCUCGCAGGCUCGCCGUCGCGACACCAGUCGCACGUCCUCGUCGCAGCACAAGAAGUACCACACCAUUGCGGCUGCUUUCGUAAAUGUCAUCUUCCUCGCAGCGGCCUUCAUGCGCUUCCCCACCAACGACUACAAGCCCUACCACCCCGAGGACCGCAUCAUGACGGCUGGUAUCUGGACCAUCCACUUCUCGCUCGACAACGACAUGUGGUCAUCGGAGUACCGCAUGCGCGACCUUAUCAAGGAACUGGAAAUAGAUGUCGUCGGUCUUCUCGAGUCUGACCUUCAGCGCAUCAUCAUGGGCAACCGCGACACGACACAAUUCCUUGCCGAGGACCUUGGCAUGUACGUCGACUACGGCCCGGGCCCCAACAAGCACACCUGGGGUUCUGCUCUGCUUUCCAAGUUCCCUAUUCUCAAGUCGACGCACCACCUCCUCCCCAGUCCCGUGGGCGAGCUGGCUCCCGCCAUUGCCGCGACCCUGGACGUCUACGGCCAGGAAGUCGAUGUGUUCGUUUUCCACUCCGGUCAAGAGGAAGACCCCGAGGAUCGCCGCCUGCAGACGGAGUACCUUUCCAAGCUCAUGGGCGAAUCCAAGAACCCCUCGGUCCUGCUGUCGUACCUCGUUACCAAGCCCCUCGAGGGCAACUACAACACGUACGUCAGCAGCACUUCGGGCAUGCACGACGUCGACCCGACGGAUUGGGACCGAUGGUGCGAGUACAUUCUAUACAAGGGCCUCAAGCGCACGGGAUACGCGCGCGUCAGCCGCAGCACCAUUACGGACACGGAGCUGCAAGUGGCCAAGUUUGUCAUCCCGCAGUCCAAGGAUGAGGUGCAGCGGAUCGAGGCGAUGGACGAGGAAACGCGCAACCGGCGCGUCGCCGAGGAGGAGGUGCCGCAGGGCUGGCGAUUCCCGGCCAUGUUCCGGGGCCAGGGCGUGCGCGAUCACCGGUACCACGUUUUCAACGAGCCAAGAUACUACAAUCACUGA